AUGGCACAGGGAAAAGAUGAGUCUCUUCGCAAGUUCGUCGAGAGAUUCAAAACAGCAGCAGCAGAGCACUCAGACAUCCCUGACGAUGGGAAUCAAGCUUUCGAAAACGGGCUUUGGUUCGAAUCAAAGUUGAAAGAGAGUCUGAUGCUCGACGAACCCGCAACCCUCCAGGACGCUUUGCACAGGUCCCAAAAAUACGUCUGCGUUGAAGAAAGCAAGGCGCACCACUCAAAGAUUCAUGGAAUGACGAAGAGUUGUCUCGUCAAGAGAAUAAAAGGAAACCUCUCGACGAACAAGAGCGACGAAAAAGACAACGACGAUAAGAGUACUGGUGCUUCCAUAGACGAACCGAUCAUACUACAGAAGAAUGUAGGCAUCAGCUGA